AUGUCAAUCUGGAUGGCAACCGUCAAGGUGUAAAGUUCAAAGUGCUUCCUUAGCUAGCCAGGUCCACGUUGAACCCGAAGCCUUCAAAAGUGGUGAUGGGGAUAGGUCGGCAAAUUCUUUUUCCCGCAACGCAGCGCAACCGCCUCACAUGCAGGCGGUUGGUUGGACGCGACUCCAACAACAACAAGCAGGAGCUCCCGAGUCUGCAGGAGCAGGAGCAGGAGCAGGAGCAGAAACAGAAACAGAAGCAGAAGAAGCAGAAGCAGAAGCAGAAGCAGAAGCGGUGGACUGUGCACGGCAGUGA